AUGUAUAUUCAUUUUAAGGUACUCAAAAAAGUCUUGCUUCUAAGUAAAGGGGUAUCCGAUAAAUUGCAAUCUGAAGACUUGGACGUUGUUACCGGCUGCGAGAGGGUCACAGAUCUGCUCGCCUCAAUCAGGGCUCUUCGGUGCAAACCAAAGUUUGAAGCUUUCUGGGAAAGUACUCUUCAAAAAUGCCGCAUACUAAGUAUUGAAGAACCAAAAGAUGAACGCGUACGUAAGAUUCCUCGGAGAAUUGACGACAAUCCCGAAACCGCCGUCCACCUGUCGCCAAAAGACAAGUUUAGAGUUUCUUUCUAUUAUAAUGUAAGUCACUCGAUUACCGGAUUACGCAUAUGUAUAAUUAUAGGGUUGCCCGCCUAAAUAUAGACUGUCUCUAAUACAAAAUAAAAAGUAAAAGUAGGUGUGCAUUUAAUACUAUCAAACUCAUUAAUAAUUCAUGAGGAAAAUUGAAAAGAAAUACAUGUUUAAUCAGUGUCUGUAUACACUGAUAAAGAACCGUCCUGAUUUGCAUAAACUUUUCUCGCAAUUUUCUAAGUUUAUAACAUUUAUUUUUUAAACAAUUUGAAAACAUGAUUGUCUGUUUGAGGUCGUUUGAUAAGUAAUUUACAAAAUUCGUGUCCGUUCUGUAUCAGUGUACACAGAUACUCGUGCAAAGCACUCGUGUCUGUAUACACUGAUACGGAAUGGCCACUUAUUUUGUAAAUAGUACUAAAAGUAGGUGUAUUAAAGAAUGUUUAGAAUUAUUUUCUAUAUUGUAGAUACUAGAUCUUAUGAGCUCCUCAAUUGAAAGCCGUUUCGACAAACAUAAUGCGCCAGUUCUAAAGGGACUUGGAUACUUGGGUCCAUCUCGUUUAGCCAGUCCAGAAGCUUGGGAAAACAUAUCUUUAGCAGUCCAGUGGUUCCAAAGUGACCUAGAUGUUGAUGCAUUAGAGAGCGAAAUCUUUUCUUUGCAGACAUCAUUGCUGCUCACCAAUGUCAAUAAAAAAGCGAAGUCCGAGAAGAGAAAGGCCAGUUUUGACGACCUAUUCAAGGUGUUGCAAACGGAGCCAGAAUGCUACGGAAACGUCAUAAAGCUAAUGAAAAUAACUUUGACACUGCCACUUACCUCAACUAGUGCUGAAAGAGCAUUUUCGAAGUUGAAACUGAUCAAGUCCAGACUAAGGUCAACAAUGAAGCAAGAAAGGCUAGAAAGUCUUAUGCUGAUGUCUGUGGAAGCCGACAUAUUGGAACAGCUUGAUCUGGAAGAGCUUGUAGAAAAAUUUGUAGAUAUGGCUCCAAGAAAAAUGGAUUUAGUUUAA